CCAUCAACAUCCGGCUGACAUGUCCACCAACUCGUCCUCCUCCAACUCCUUUGUCCUUAAUACGUUCUUACUCUGCAUUGAAAGCAACUUUGCGGCGACCGUUUGCGCCUCCUCCUGCAUCUUCACCAAAUCCGUCCUCAUCAUCCCUCUCUCCAUCUUCAUCCUCCACCUGGGGCACCAGAGAUGGCGGCGGCAGCGCUCCUUCGCUGCUGUGAGUCACUCUGACAUCUUCACCUUCCACCUGGCCGUCAUGGAGCUCAUCGGGUUUUCCGGAAACGUCGUCUACCUUUGCGGAUUCUACCUCCCGCGUUUGUUUGUGGUUGGUUUCUCUCUUGCAGGAGUCACGGCGUUUGGCGAGAUGCUGUUCCACGUCCUGACCUGUGUGGAGCGCUACCUGGCUGUGGUCCACCCCGUCACCUACCGGGGGCUGAAGCAGGCAGGUGGAAUACGGAUCAGAAACAUCUGCAUCGGGUGUAUUUGGCUGCUGUGCUUUGGAUGCAGUGGAGUCGUUUUCACUAAUGUCUUUGAUGCUAUCUACAGUAUAUUUUUCUGUAUUUUGACCUUUUACUUUACAGUUAUCACUUUUUGCAGCAUCUCUGUUCUCUGUGCUCUCAUUCGUCCAAAGCCGGGGGAGGGGGGCGGGGACAGGGAGCAGGUUGACCAAUCAAAGCAGAGGGCUCUCCACACUAUCAUGGCUAUAACAGCAGUGCUGCUGGUGCUGUUUGUCAGGGAUCUUGUUAGUGUCUCUCUGAUUGCCUCAGCACUGCUGAGCUACAGCGAUCGCUGUUUGGUUCUGACGUCUGCGAUGUGGUUCAGUUUGCCCAGCAGCUUGGUGAUACCGCUGCUGUUCCUGCACAGAGCUCAAAUACUCACAUGUUGCUGUUCAGUCAAAAAAUAGCAACAUUUCCAUCAAUGUAUUCUUACGUACAUUUGAAAUAGCACGAGAAAAAGAUUGAUGGAAACGGUCAAUUUAGAAAAUAUCCUCAAGUUUGCAAAAGAAGUUCCUUCAUUUACCUGAUUUGGUUUUAGACAAUUUGUAAAAGAGUUAAUGAGCCUCAUGGGGGAUGCAAACAUCUUGUAAGUCACAUGACCAAUCAGCUGUUUCUACCUGGAGGGAAAAGAAACCUGAUUGAAAACAGUUACUGAAGAACUUUUAUCUCUUUCUUGUACGUGGACAAAGUGGUGUUGUUUUUCUUUUUCUUUGAGAUUUUCUUAUCAAAAAAAUAGUUUUGUUUAUAGCUUCUUUUACUCUGUUUGCUAAUGUACACUGCAGCAUCCCCUCCUAAUUUAUUUACUCCAUAGCAGUUAAUGGAAAUAAGCACAAUUUACAUUUUGAAACAUUUCAGAAGUUUUCUAAUAUUAUGAUGCUCCCACCUCCGUGCUUCACUGUCAGGACUAUUCAUUCACUGUGGUAGUCCUGGUCAGGUUCACACUAAGCAUGCUGGACUCCAUCUGAGCCCAACUCAUUUAUCUUCAUCUGACCAAAGAAUGUUCUCCUGCAUCCAUCAGGCUUCUUCUCAUGUCCUUUAGUAAACUUUCAUCUGGAAGUUUUAUGCCAGACAACAAGCAAUGUUGUUUAUCUUGAACAUGGUUCUAAAAUGCACUGUGAUAAGCAGAACUUUGUCAGUUCUGGAUCUAUGGACUGUGUCUAUGUCUUCAUCAUGGCUCCACAGGAAAAAGGAUUGAACAGAGGAACUGAAAAAUCUGACUGUGAUUCUUUUACAAAGAUAGAAAAUGAUCCAGGAUGAUCACCUAAAUAUCAGCAGUAAUCAGGAGGUAUAGAAGGAGCCAUAGAACCACUAAUCAUGGCUGCAGUGGUCGUCCUUCAACUUUCACAGUCUAGCUGUGAAAAACAGAUGGCAGCUGCUUCAGACUUGGCUCAGGGGCUAUCAAAGGAAAUCAGAGUUUCUUGCAGUUCUUUUCCAUGUGGAGCCAUGAUGAAGACAUAUAAACACAGUCCUCAUGGCCAAAACUAAGAAAGUUCUGCUGUUCGAGGCUCAUUUUAGAACCAUGUUCAUGCAGUUAGGCUGAUCGGAAACCAAAGGUGGAUUUGGUUUAGUGGAUUCACUUUUACUGCAUUGAGUCUCUACUUAGGGGCUGAAUUUUCAAUACAGUCUUUUUAAAGAAUUUGUUCUGUGUUGUUCAUAAAAGCAAAAGCUGUUACAGCUUGGAAAUAAUGCAAUUUUUGAGAGGUGAUACAAGUUUGAAUCUUUUUACAUUCAUGUGACAUUGCACAGCGAUGUACAGUACUCUCUUCUGUUGUAUUCUGUAUAUAAAAUCCACUGGAACUUACUGAUUGAUGCAUUGACCUCACAGUGCCCUUCGCUGAGAUUAAAACAAAGAAAAAAAAACAUGAUUUCUGAUACUCCACAGAAUCAGAAUCUUGCAUGUUUCCACUUUGACGUGAUAAUUAUGGUGUGUUUUGUCUGUUUUGCAGCUUUUAUGAUCAGCAAAAAUAACAGAACUGUCAGAAAACCUGGACCAACAAAACAUUUUGGAGAUUUGUUGGAAUUUGUCAACUAAAAUUGCAAUUCGGUGACUGGUGUCCUAAGAUUUCAUAUAAAUAUAGUCCUGUUAAAUGUUUGCCUUGCUGCACAAAAUGAACCAUUGAUAAAGACUCAAUGACAUCAAUGUAAACUCGACUUUUCAUAAGUAAGGGGCUUUACGUCUUCAGAAUUUGGUAAUUUUUUUUUGUCAAGUAAUUAUUCUGUCUGUACUAAUCUGUCAGGGCUGCUCCAGCAGGCUCUGGCUAGGGCUCCUCCCUCCUUUUGUGUGUUUUUCCUUUUUAGGUAUCCUGAGUGUUGUGGCAGCGGCGGCAGGUGAACAAUCAGGGGCAGUCAGCUAAAGCAGGAACAGGUGUGUCGGAGCCAGUCAGCCUUCCACCUCCUCUCUAUAUAUUCGGACGCCAGUCACCACUUGGAUGCCGGAUUGUGAAUGCACAUCUUGGAACCUCACCUGCUCCUGUGGCCAAACCAUCUCUCUGGACUCCCCUACAACUACAGUUCCAAGCAGACACUGGAAUCCUCGCCACCCACUCGCCAGCUUCAGUCGGGACUCCAUUCUGCCGUCGCUGCUUUUACCUUCAGCCCGUUACUCCCUUCCCUAGUCAGCUGUCCGUCCCCAGCACGAGCCAGGUAGAGGUAUUUAGAGGGAUUUAGUUUAACAUUACCGGAGACUCUGUUUUUUGAGAGCUUAGUAGCUCCUCCGCUUUGAGUCAGCGUACUGUUUUCUAGUGAGCUUAGUUGCUCUUUCGCUUUUGAGUCUACAUUGUGUUUUCUUAGUGAGCUUAGUCGCUCUUCCGUUUUGAGUCUGCGUUCUGUUUUCUAGUGAGCUUAGUGGCUCUUUCGCUCUGAGUCAGCAUUGUGUUUUCUAGUGAGCUUAGUUGCUCUACAGCUUUGAGUCUGCGUACUGUUUUCUAGUGAGCUGAGUUGCUCUUUUGCUUUUGAGUCUACAUUGUGUUUUCUUAGUGAGCUUAGUUGCUCUACAGCUUUGAGUCUGCGUACUGUUCUCUAGUGAGCUUAGUCGCUCUUUCGCUCUGAGUCAGCAUUGUGUUCUCUUAGUGAGCUUAG